AGCUGUUUUGUUGUGAAUGUACAAUAACAUCUCAUCAAACAAUUUACGUCCAAGAAUAAUCGGAUUACAAUACACGAGAUCAUUCCAUAUGAUACGUGGUUUAUGUUUGUUGAUUUUAUUUAACGUGUCCAUCAGCAUGGCUAUAAAAAUGUGUAAACAAACGAGUCAGUGCAGUUGUGCGCUAGAAACGGGAGAAACGAUAGACUUGCAUCGCAUCCCGUCCAAAACGGUGGACACUUUCAAAAAUGUUCAUGGACCUGACGGGUUUGUGUACACGUACGACCCCUGUUCACCCUUCCCGUGCAGUGCCUUGCGACGCGAUUCUUAUUUAUGCAGAUCCGACUUGAUGCACAGAGAAAACCGAUGUCUUGCAAAUGUGUCUGGUAUUGUCGCUUUCGAGACAGACUCCAGUGGGGUGGCGAUUCAUUAUUUAACACAAGAUCACCUAGGAAACAUAUCGAGCAUUGUGUACCUCAAGUGUGAUCCGGUUCAUGGAGACCGAUUUAUUGUGAAGGAAACCCAGUCGCAGUUGGUGAAGUCACUAGCAUCCUACGAGUUUGAGCUUCAUUCAGCAUGUGCCUGCGUGGACGGAUGUCUCGGCACAGUUUCUCAACUCAGCUUUGGCAGUCUUAUGUUGCUGAUUUUCUUCUCUGUCGUCAUGAUGUAUUUUGGUGUUGGGUGCAUUUAUAAUAAGACUGUGAAUGGCUCCACAGGAAGUGAGUUGAUUCCGCAGUCUGGAUUCUGGUGUUCACUUCCGGGACUAAUCAAAGACGGUUAUUUUUUCUUUAUAAGUCCCUGUCUGGGUGAUAGAAUUGAAUAUCGUUACUAUGACAAACUAUGAACUCGUGACUUGUUCAUGGGGUUUGUCUCUGAAUUAUUUUGUACUCGCAUCUUCACAAUACUGUUGAAAACUUGUUAGAUGUAACAUUUCUUAUUUCUUUUUAAAUAACUUCUCUCUGAUGCUAGUCAUUUUAUUUAAAUACAGACACGGUCACAUGUACGAUAGUAUUGAUUAUCAGAUUCCAUGAAGCAGUCUUAGUGCUAAGAUCACCUUAAGCACAUAAAGUAGUCGGGACCCCAGAUAUAUACACCCCGCAUGGUUAUAAUAUAAUCAGACUGGGUGGCUUGUCGACCUGAAGUGAGAUGGGUCACAGGAUUUAUCUCCCUUGCUGGAUUCAGUGUGGUUUUCCCCCAGUCCCAACUAGUGCCCUGUCACCAAUAUAUCAGAAGUUUGUUUUGUUUAACGACACCACUAGAGCACAUUGAUUUAUUAAUCAUCAACUAUUGGAUGUCAGACAUUUGGUAAUUUUUACAUAUAGUCUG